AUGUCUUUUAACCGCAUCGCUAUCUACGGACACCGUGGCUGGGCUAGCUCGGCUAUCACUAACGCCCUGAUAGCUUCGCGCGCGCCAGUUAGGGUGCUGUAUCGGCCGGGCUCGGACGCAUCUGGUCUGCCGCCAAGUGUGCCCAAGGUUGAAGUCGAUCUGGACAAUCAGAAGCAAUUGAUUGCUGCUCUUCAAGACAUCGAUAUUGUCAUUUCCCUAGCUGGUCGAGAAGCCGUGUCAAAACAACACGCUUUCAUCAAGGCGAUCCCGAGCACCAAUGUGAAACUGUUCGUUCCGUCGGAUCUUGGGUUCCGUAAUUAUUCAGAGUCAGCUUUACGGGUUCCCGUCUUAAAGGCCAAGUUCGAAGUUGAAGAGGCAGCUAAGGAAGCUAAGAUACCCACCACGCUGGUAUAUGUAGGAUCCUUUGCCGAAUCGACGCUUUCGAUUGGAAUCUUGGGAGUUGAUGUUCCUGGGAAUCGAAUCAUCUUCUCGGGGGAUAGUGCCAACCAGCAAGCGAACAUAUGCACGAGGAACUACGUGGCCGCGGCAUACGCAUCCAUCUUUGCCAGCACACCCUUGGACCAACUACAGGACAGGGCAAUCGGUCUUUCAGAGUUGAGGGCUACGGGGAAAGAAAUCGCUGCUGUCUUGAAAAAGAAACACGGCGCAGAACCACAGAUAUUCAGACACAGUCCGGAGAAGAUUGAGAACGAGCUUGAGAGUGCGAUUAAAUCUGGUAGUCCCCUGGCUUUAUCGUGGUACUGCCGAAAGGCUUGGGGGGAAGGGAUUAUAGUGAAAGGGGUUAGUGACUUAUGGGAAGUUGAAGGCUAUAAGAAAGCCACUCUCGAGGACCUGCUUCUCGAGGGGAAAUUGGAACCCUACCGAGACGUAGGUCCGCAAAUAGCGAAGGUUUUCGAUUCCAUAUUCCACUAGCUGAUUCGGUAGAAUAAAGUAAAGUACCAAGAUAGAAUACAGAAGAUGUACUCGAGAUGUUAACAGGUGAACCGACUUGCUAAUGAUCAAUGCUCGAAAGGACUGUAAAUGAAAAGGCAUUGUUCCACGGGAAAGGGAGGAAAACCACUAGGCAUAUCAGCCGAUGAAUAUUACAGGAGAAAUGCUACCGAAAAUGUAAACGUGGAGUAUAUAGACUUCGAAGUUCCAUAUCCAUAUUGCCCGUAGCCAUAAAAUGCUGUAAGAGGUCAGGGUAGUUGAAAUAUUCGGCCUCGAAUUUGAUCCCAUUCUAACUGCACAGCGUACGUCUGCAUACGACGGCGAGUUAUUCUUGUCACGCAUUAAAACGUGAGCUUCUGCUAUCACACACUACCUCGCAAGACCGUGUCCGAAUAAACCCCUUCUCGCCAUUGUUGGUCUUGUCGAAGUCUGUUUCUGUGGAACUCCUAGGCUUACCGUUGUGUUGAAUAUAGUAUUGAAUUUAUCGGGACGACUAAAGAAAACGGAUAAUAGAUCGUUUACCAUAUGCCCUCGUUGGAUGGAAGUACGGUAUAAAUCUAGGCGACGGUGGGUAUAUGGCUAUCAUUGCUUUGGUCCUAGCUUUCCCUAACCAUCAUGACUAGGUAUGUACACAACUUCUUUCUUGAAUGUUUAUU